UUCAUCCCUCUUCUGUGAGGCAGAAAUGACAAGGUGUAGAAUCUGGAGGCAUUAGGUUUCAAGACAGUGAAAGACUAGGGAGAGGGAUGGCUAGUGAGGUUUAGAUCAUGUUGAGUCCUACCUUUGUUUUGUGGGGAUCCAUCUGCAUUAUUGCAUUAAUUAUUUGGCAAGUGAAAAAGAGCCGCCAAAAAUUAAGGUUGGGACCUAACAGGAGCUGUUGCCGGUGUCACCGAAGAGUUAAACAAAAGUCUAGAGAUACAACAUCAAAAGCUAGGAGAACUUCCCAGGAAGAAGCCGAGAAGUUGUGGAAGCUGCUCUUUCUCAUGAAAAGCCAGGGCUGGCUUCCUCAGGAAGGAAGUGUGCGGCGAAUCCUGUGUGCAGAUCCCUGCUGCCAAAUCUGCAAUGCUAUGGCUCUGGAUAUUCAGCAAUUGCUGGCGAAAGCUCCGGAAGUUCGCUUGGAUAACAAGAUGAAGCUGUUUCUGCACUGGAUUAACCCUGAAAUGAAAGAUCGAAGGCAUGAGGAAUCCAUUCUCCUUUCUAAGGCUAUGAGAGUGACCCAAGACAGGACAGAAAACACUGAGAAGAGUCCAACUGUCACCAAAGAUCACGUGUGGGGUGCUACAACAGAGAAGACAACAGAGGACCCUGAGGCUCAGCCUCCCUCUACUGAGGAGGAAGGCCUGAUCUUCCGUGAUGCCCCCCAGUACCUAAAUAAUCUGUUCUAGUGAUACUUCCUUCAGUCCAGCCAAUCCUGGGUCCUGUGCCACUCCUACAAAUGCUCCAAACUCUGUCCUCAAAUUACUUAUGCCACUCAACCAGGAAAUCUAUCCCAGGUCUCAACUCACCUCAGCAGAAGGCACUGGUUUAUACAAGAAUGCUCAUUCCAAGAAAAGGAGUUCAUAGGUUCCUGAACCUCCGCAUCCCCCUGAAAAAGGCUUUCAUUGUCAUUUCCAUUAACAUGCAUGUGAAGCAGGGCAUUCUCCAAAUAUACUUUAUAACUUUAA